GUCGGAAAGACAGUAUAUAAAGCCCAAGUCCUGAGCUCGAUCAGGCUGAGAGAGACUUGAACACCGAUCCCAAAAUGAAGUUUCUGUUCUUACUUCUGGUUGUCCUGGUGGCGCUGUCGGCCGUGCUUCCGAACGCCGACGCCGCUCCCUUUAAGAAGUUCAAGAAAUUCGGGAAGUUCGGAGGCGGCGGCGGCUUCGGCGGCGGCUUCGGCGGCGGCUUCGUCCAACCCGUGGUAGUCCACACCCCGGUGUUCGUCCGUCCCACCUACGGCUCUGGCUACGGCCUCGGAGGUUUUGGUCGAGGUUUGGUGCGGUCAUGGCGGCUUCGGAGGAGGAUUUGGUGGCGGUCAUGGCGGCUUCGGAGGCGGUCAUGGCGGCUUCGGAGGCGGCUACGGCUGGUGAGGCCAGAGGUGACAGAGCUUCUGCCGGAGGAAUUGCCUCGAUCUCGGCGGAGAUUUCCUUCAGCUGCUUGGUGCUCUCUCCCUCAAGUCAAUUUGAUGUCAACUUCAUUUCGAAAGGAAAUGGAAAGUAAAUUCCAAAGCAGAUAUAAGUAUACAAAUAAACACAAUUUUCUUUUUCUUUUUUAUAUUAUUCCUUCAGCAAUAUUGUAUUGCAGACAACACUAAUGAUAACGAUAAACACCAGCUCUAAUGAAAACAAUGAGGAUUAUGUUGAUAAGAUUUACAAUGAUUACUGGAAUGUUAAUAAAAAAUAAAUAAAUAGCAGUGAA